GUUUUAAUCAUAUCGAAAAAACAUUUUUAGUACAAAAUCUUUAAAUUAACAUGAUUUUAUAAUUAAUAUAAUUAUUUUUUUAUGAAAACAGAAGUUCAGAAUGUGUUGAUACACUUUCAUCAAAUCUGCCUUCAAAUGUGACAUAUGAUUGGGUUGACAUUACAGAUGAAUUUUUUAAAGCCACUGAAGAAUUAAAACUGGGUGAACUUUUACAUGAUGAAAUGUUUGGAUUGUUUGAAGCAAUGUCAGCAAUUGAAAUGAUGGAUCCUAAAAUGGAUGCUGGAAUGAUGUGUAAUCGUGGUAGCAAAAAAGUAAUGAAUUUUGAUCAAGCAGUUAAGAGUGGAAAAUUAAGAUUAAAAGAUCUUGAAAUGACAGAACAUAUUGGAAUUAUAGAUGCAACACUUUCUUGUUUGGUUACAUGGUUAGAAGGACAUUCUCUUGCUCAAACUGUAUUUACAAAUCUUUAUCUUCAUAAACCAAAUUUAAUAGAAGAUAGAGUUAUCAAAGCAUUUAGUAUAUGUAUUUUGAAAUUAGUGGAUAUCAUCAGAGAAUUUAUUAAUAAAGCUGGUGUUUUUGAAGAGGAAGAUUUUCAACCUGUUAUUUAUGGAUAUAAAUUAGCAAAUGAUAUCACUGAUAUUCGAGCAGCCGGUAUGAUGAGAGAAGUUGAAGAAGAACUUCAGCGGAAAGUUAAAAUGACUCGUAGUAAACCAGGAGAGCAACAGGAUGUUACCACUCAAACUGAACAUGAAUCAGCAUUAGCAUUAUUUUCUAGAAUAAAGUUCUGUCGACUUUAUUAUCAUGCUCUUCUACUGUUUAACAAGAAAAAGUGUUCAGGAAUUGAAGAAAUAGAUCGUCACUUACAGCAGUGUGGUGAAUUAAUGCCAACCUUACAAAGGACUGUUGACUUAGGAAUUCAUCCUGAUCCAAAUGCUGAAAGUAUUAAUAGAGCUGAUUAUCCAACAAUAAUGGGGUUUGAGCCAUUAACUAAUCAACGGCUUCUUCCUCCUACAUUUCCUCGUUAUACAAAAAUUAAAGGUAGACACGAAGCUAUGGAAUAUUUAGACAUGCUAGUAACAAGAUUAAGAACAGUUUGUCGAAUAGUAGAAUGUACUUCAUUUCAUUCUGCUGUUGAUUUUUUGACUGAAUUUAGCAAGUCAUCCCCAUGUGUAUUAUCUAGAUCAAUUGUGCAGCUGUUGUACCUAACACAACCAAAUAAGGUGCUUGGAUCACAGCCUAUGGUUGAAGUUUUGAGAGAUGCUGUUCGCAGCUUUAUAAAACCUCCUGCUCUACUUCCAAGGUCACCUCUUAUGAACAAUUCCCAAGCUAAAGAAUAUGUAGAAGGUUUUCUUGGACACUGUGUUCGUCCAUUUUGUAAUUUACUUCAAAUUUAUGGACAUAAUAGAGCUAGACAGAGAGACAAACUAGCUCAUUUAUUAGAAGAAUUAGCAGCAUUGCAAGAUGAAGCUGACAAGGUAGAUGCAUAUUUACAUAAUUUAUCUGCAAAAACUGAUAAUCCUUGUCCACAUCUAGCUUGUUUUGGAACAUGGAUUCUGUAUCAUACAUUAAGAGUUAUGAUACAAUAUAUAUUAUCAGGAUUUGAGUUAGAGUUAUAUUCUGUUCAUGAAUAUACAUAUAUCUUUUGGUAUUUAUAUGAAUUUCUCUAUGGUUGGAUGGUUUCAGCAUUAUCUCGUGCUGAUAGUUUUUUGAUGGAACAAGACUCUAGAGCAGGAUAUGACAAUAUCAGCAUUGAUAUACAGUAUUUGAUAUUACAGGCUGUAGCAGGAUUUAGUUUAGAAGGAAAGUUAAAACAACCAUCUGUUGAAUUUGAUAAUGAGCAAGUAAGAUACGAACAUCGAUUUGCUCCGUUCAACAGUGUUAUAACACCACCACCAGUUCAGUAUGCACAGUAUUGUGAAAUGACAGAUUUAACUCAUUAUGUGCCAUCACCAACUCCAGAAGAUUUGUAUAUUGCUGCAUGCAAAUGUUUCCAGCAUUCUCGAAUGUUGUUUGAAAGUAUUCCUGAACCAAAUGAUGAAAUUAUGUCUAUAAUGAAAGUAGCAAAAACAAAUUUUAUUGUGAUGAAAUUAUUACUUAGUGGACAUAAAAAGCAAUCGAAGGAUCCACCUGAAUUUGAUUUUUCCUUGCACAAGAGUUUUCCCAUUAUACGAAUCAUCUGGAAUAAAUAGUAAUAUGGAUUUUAAUUGUUACAUUUUCUCAUUUUUUCUGUAAAAAUAUCAUUUAUUGUUUUAUUAACUGUAAAUA